GCGGAGAUACAGAGAGAGAGAGAGAGAGAGAGAGAGAGAGAGAGAGAGAGAGCGAGAGAGAGGGAGCGAGAGAGAGAGGGGGGGGGGAGUGAGAGAGAAGAGGGUGAGUUAGAGAGAGAGGAGCCAUUUUAUUUCAGAGGAGUCGUGGUAAUCAGAAGUGCUCUGAGCGUCGCCGAGGGCCAUUCCGCCUGCUGAGAACGGAGCUGAGCUGGAACUGAAAACCAACCGACCCAACGCCCUCGAACUCUGCUGAGGCUGAGCGCUGCGCACCAGAACCCACUCAGCCAGCUCCUUUACACCCGAACCUUGAGGAGCUGAGGCCCCAGAGCCGACUCCUACCCCCCCCGCCCCCGCCCGCCCCCUACCCGGGAGAGCAGGGAUACUUUCCGCCAUCUUCUGUACCGAACUCUGUCCUCAAACACGAUCGCUCUCCUUUUGGAUGCAAACCGUCGGAGGAUAGAGCAGCUGGGCCCCGGUCGGUGUGAACCUAUCUGAGGACAUAGGGGGCUGUGAGGAGAGGCGAGCGCAAGAUGAGUUUUGAGAGAAUGCCCCCCAGGUCGGAGGUGUUGGGAUGGAGCCCCCCCCGCCUCGCCGACUUCCUCCGAAAGAUGAACCUUUCAGGGAGUGAUAAAGUAGUGGUCAAGUCCUCAAUGAAUGGAGCCAGGUUUCUGAACAUGACUGAAAACGAUGUAUUAAAGUUCCCAAAGCUACAUGCUCCGUUGAUAUCAAAGAUCUGCAGUGAGAUAAAUAAGAAAGACGGCGGUCGAGGACUGUUCAACAGAAAAACCACAACCCCUAAAUUCCAGGAACCAGGUAGCGACGAUGACUACGAGGACCCCGACCGGGACCUGGAGGACGAGGAGGGCAGCGGCGGGGACUACGAGUCGCCCACCGAGGACCAGGAGGACAACGACUACGAGCCCAACCCCUCGGAGGGACCCGAGGACUUCUCCCAGGUGGUGCGGGCCUCCAAGCCCGUGGACGAAGGGGAAUACAUAGAUAAUAUAAAUAACCAUGCAGCAUCCAGAGGUCCUCCCCCUAGCCCGAGCCCCCGACCCUUCACCCCCCCCACCCAUCUGGCUCCCUCAAAUCAGGUGUCUUCCCUUGAAAGACGGGAAAAAUCCCCAGGAAGAGCGAUGGGUCCCGCGGCUUCGCGCCCGCCGAUGGUGGAGCGGAGUAAGAAACCCACGCGGGAGAGAGGAGAAAGCCUCUCCCCUGUUCCGGGUGAGUGGUUCCAUCCUCCCUCUGGUCUCCCAUCUCCUCCUCCUGUGUGCGAAUGCAUGUGGGAAGGUUCUUUAUUUUUUUGGUUUGUUGAUUGUAUGCUUUUUUUUUUGUUCCUUCUUUUUUUCAUUCAAUCAUUCGUUUAUUCUUUGCUCCUUUAUGAGGGUCCAAAAUGGUCUCAUACAGAGGCAGAGACAAUCAACCAAGCUUAUCUGUUGAUCCGUCACACUGAGAGCUUCUUUAAAGUCUUCGCCUCCAGUACGAUAACGGUUUGCUCUGUUCCCAUAUUAGUGCCGGCUUCGAGGAACAACACCUUCCCGCUCCAGACAAAGGGAAUACCCCCUCGGCCGGGCAUCCCAGGCCUCCCCACGCGCCUCACAGACAGCCUCCCCCAUGGCGUUCCAGCGAGCCUUCCACAAUCCUUCCAGCAUCCCAGCACAAAGAGCAUAACCGUUAGCCGGAGCGCUUCCAGUGUGGGACGGAGCCCGCAUCCCACCCCCCCUCGACCAGGCUCGUUGGUGGUCUUGCCACACAGCCACGCUUCGCAGCAUAACCAGGACCUGGAUCCUUCUUGGUAUGUCGGUAAAAUACCACGAACUGAUGCAGACUAUUGUCUUAGGAAAGAACAUAAGGAUGGCUCCUAUCUGGUGAGGGACAGCACCCACCAGAAGCCCCAGCAGCCUUUCACCCUGAUGGUCCUCUACCAGGACAAGGUGUACAACAUCCAGAUCCGCAUGCAGGACCAGCUGUACCUACUGGGCACAGGGAUCAAGGUCCAUGAGGGCUUCUCUACGGUCCGGGCGAUGAUCAGUCACUACUCUAAGUGCCCCUGCUCCUGAUUGACGCCAAAACCCGCGACACGACCCAGCAGAAGCAGUGCUUCCUGUCCUACCCAGCUGGGCACAAACGAAACUGACCAAUCAGACUCCAUCUCACCUGGUCAUGUGACCCGCUAACAGAAAGUUAUUCGACAGUUAAAACGAGAAAAAACAAAUCAAUGUUAUUAAUAGUUCUUAGAUAGGUAAGAAAUUAGUUAAGACAGUCCUGUUAAGACAUAAACUAAGCAUAUGUUAAAUGACUCAGUGCUGGGGUUUAGGUUUGUAAUAUUCCUCCAAGUAGUGCAUUAUCUUGCACACGGGUUGUUACCUCCGCCCCCAGCCAAUGAACAUCAUGCUAUCGGGGUGCGAAGGAGAGCACUUCAGUGUUUCAGUAAGUCAGUAUUUAAUCAGUUCAAGUCAGAAUUUGUAAGAUCUCCUUUCAUGAUUUACCGAGACGGAAAACGGACAACCAAGCAAGUUCCGAGCUUUAAAAUCCUUUAAUAACGGUAACAAACAACCCUAGCUGUAAACUAUUAGAGUCUUCACACUGGGGCGAAACCUCUCUUAAGUCCUUAAGUCGUUUUUUGGAGUAUCUGUACUUUACUUGUUGUCUACUUUACCUUUUACUUCACUACAUAAGAAAAGGUCGGCCUACGUUGGCUCAUAUACAUUUGCUCCAACAAAUUCAUAGCUACUCGCUGCAAAAUCAAAAGGUGUAUUUCUGUCUGAUCGUGCUAAUGGAUUGACCUUAGGGUGCUUUUCCAUUUCCUACAACAUAAAUAAUCGGACUCUUUCCACCGGUGAAAUUCUUCUUGAAAGAUUAUGUAAAUAGUUUUGAUGCGACCAUUUUAUCCAUGUUUUUUCGCUUUUUUGUAUUACUUUAUUGAUAUACCCUUUACGUGUCGCAUAUGCGUGUGGAUAUCGGCUGAUCUAUAAUAAUAGAAGAUAGCAAUAGAAAUUCACAACUGGAUGACUGUUAUCAGACCCCUGUGGCCACAAUUACCAAAGAUUUAUACUUUUAUACCUAAAUACAGUCUGCCUAUAACCCAGAUAAAUACUUUUCGUACUUAAGUACAUUAUUUAUGAGUUACUUUAUGACUUUUAAUCAAUGAUUUCCUUACAGAUGUUUUAAUUUAUGCAUUAAUAUGUCAAAUGUCUUACCAUAUUUUUAUAAUUAUCUUAGUAUUAUAGUAACACAUUUUACCAUUCGAUUUCCCUAAUAUAUGUUGUUCUGUUGUUGAGACCCUUCCAACCCAACAUCGCUCACUCAGGUCAAAGUAGCACGACUUAAUGAUUCCUCUUACCCAAACUCCUGGUGGGAGCUUCAACAAGUACCUUGAUGCAUGUUUUCACUUUUCUGGCUACUUAGUUCAAAUAUGCCUGGGUCAUUUGCGAACAAGUCUUUCCUUCUUGAAUACACUUAAUAAACGGUACCUGAUAGGAUU